CUCCCUCCCUCCCUCUGGGGCGGGGGCCGGGCGCACGGAGCCCCGGGCUGCGGCCAGGGCCGCUGCGAGGGGAAGCGGAGCCGCCAGCGAGCCGGGCACAUGCAGGGCUCGGCGCGGAGGCGGCAGUUCCCGCCGGCGGCCCCGGGCUCCCAGCAGCCGGGCGGCUCCUUCUACCAGGGCAGGCAUGGAUCAGCCAAGAAUGAAGACACGUUUAAGACUUCUCAGUUUCAUUUUGACCUGUGGUUCUACUUCACUCUACAGAACUGGGUGUUGGACUUCGGCCGUCCAAUAGCUAUGAUUAUUCUACCUUUAGAGUGGUUUCCAUUAAACAAACCUAGUGCAGGAGAUUAUUUCCAUAUGGCUUACAAUGUUAUCACACCAUUUCUUCUUUUAAAGCUCAUUGAAAGGUCCCCUAAGACCAUGCCCAGAUCAGUGGUCUACGUCAGCAUCAUCGUGUUUGUCAUGGGAGCGAGCAUCCAUCUGGUGGGCGACUCUGUCAACCACCGUUUGAUUUUCAGUGGGUACCAGCACCAUCUGUCCGUAAGAGAGAACCCAAUCAUCAAAAACCUCAAGCCAGAGACACUGAUUGAUUCUUUUGAGCUGCUGUACUACUACGAUGAACACUUAGGGCAUUCAAUGUGGUAUAUUCCUUUCUUUCUCAUACUCUUUAUAUAUUUUACCGGCUGCUUCACACCCAUUAAAGAAGAGAGCAGAAUGCCAGUAGCCGCCUUGCUGCUUAUGGGGCCAAGCAGCCUUUAUUACUGGUAUCUUGUGACAGAAGGUCAGAUUUUCAUCCUCUACAUUUUUACGUUCUUUGCCAUGAUGGCUUUAGUCGUGCACCAGAAACGGAAAGGACUGGUCUUGGACAGCAACGGACUCUUCCUCUUCUACUCUUUCAUUAUUACAUUGGUCUUAAUUGGCACUUGGGUGGCUUGGCUGUGGAAUGACAAAACCCUCAGGAAGAAGUAUCCUGGCGUCAUUUACAUUCCAGAGCCCUGGGCCUUUUAUACCUUACACCUGAGCAAUCUCCAUUCGGCAAGGGAAGGUUUUUAAGUGACGAUAUCCUCGGAGUGGUUUGCAGACAGAUCUCUCAUUUUUCCUAAUGUGAGUAAGUUUCAGAUCAGUUACUGACUGCGGUAGCUGGACCGCGUGCUGUAUGCAAACCGAACCCGGGGGCAGGGCUUUGUUUGAAUUGGAGGGGAGGGGUUAAGUCCGCUGUGAAAUACUUACACUAGUGCGUUGGAAGUUACUUUCCAACGCUGCCGUUCUACACGUUCUAGUUUGCGUUCAGUGCCGGUACAUAACUGACCUUAGUGGGAGCACUGACAGAUUUCAGUCGGUAUCCAAACAGACUGCAGGAUGGCAUGUUGUACAGUAAAACUUCGUCCUGUUCUAGCACGUGGUGGGGCAUUUCCCCCCAGUCUUUGGUAAAGGGCCAGGCUUUCCUUUCUGAGCUGAACGGGGGAAGUGCUCUCAUUCCUGGACCUCUGGAACAUGGCAUGCAAUGACUUUAGAGCAGAGGUUCUCAAACUGUGGGUUGGGACCCCAAAGUAGGUCGCAACCCCAUUUUAAUUAGACUGGCUGGGGUGCGGGGCCAAAGCUGAAGACUAGUGCUGGAUAGCGGGGGCUCAGGAUAUAGGCCUCCCUGGCCGGGGCUGAAGCUCCAGGUUUUGGCACCCCCCACCCCCAGCACGGGGUGGCAGGGCUCAGGUUUUGGCUUUGGCCCUCCCACCCAGGACAGCGAGGGCUUGGGCGGGCUCAGGAUUUGGUCCCCCCUGUUGGGGUCAUGUAGUAAUUUUUGUUAUCAGAAGGGGGUCACGGUGCAGUGAAGUUUGAGAACCCCUGCUUUAGAGAGCCCUCCUCUUCUGAACCUGGCACAGUCGAGCGAUCCAACAUCUUGGCAUGGGUCAUUGAAUUCAUCCCCUCCUCCCAUACUACGCAAAGGCAUCAUGUAAGGGGCUGCAUGGGACUUGGAGGGGGCAGGGCAGUUCAGCCUACACUUGGCAGCUGCUCUUCCAGUCUGGAACAGGGGCUGCAACUGUGAGUGCCACUUACACCAGGGGUCAUGGGCAUUUGUGUAUUUUAGAUCCAUGGCCACAGUCUCACCACCCCGAUCCAUGCACUAGGCUCUGGUAUUGUGCACAGUUAAUGUUAACAGAGAGAAAGUGAAACUAACCAUCUUUGCACAAGUAAGUUACACAUUCCUCAGCUGCUUUAAAGCAGAGAACACCCCCGCAACGUGAACCAGGAACCAAAGAGCAGAUGCGUUUGGCAGCUCACUGUGUUUCUGAUCACAGGUGCUCAGCAGGUUAGGAUUUAAGGGAUAGCACCCUUUUGCCCCCUGGAUCCCGCUGCUAUGCACGGUGACUCUCACGGGCUGGCUUUAGUUCCUCCUGCCCAUUGUGGAUUUGGACUUCACGACUGUGCUGAACACUCUCAGGGAGGGAGACCUGCUAACACCACAGCAACGAGGGGCAGGAGGAUUGGUCAGACCACCCCAAGCUAGGCAGGACUGGGGGUUAGGGGGGCUGCCCAAAGCCUCCCUGGGCUAAUGAUCUGGCUCACAAACCCUUCCCUCGCCCAGCUAUUUCCACCCCACUCACCCCAAUCUUUCCCCCCAGCCCAGCUGUUCCCCACAUGCUUGUACUCCUGGGUCUUUCCGCUCACUCCUCUCCCAUCAUCCUCUUCCCAGGCAGGGUAGGGGCUGAUCUCUGGAGUCGUCUCUUUCUCAGCUCCCUCCUGGACCCUGGCAUCCCCCAGAGGGGAGGAGAGAGGGCUGCAGGUCCUGCCUGGUAUGGGGACUGGUGCAAUAGCCAGAUUCUGUCUGCACCCCUCCCCUCUUCCACUGCUGCCUGCUGAUUCUGCAGGUGCCCUUCAGCUGUUCCCCACUGACAGUACAUCACUAUAGGCUUAAAAAUAGUACCGGGUUUGAAGAAACGCCUGCACUGUAGCCCCCUAUUACCUGUCAGGAUAAUCACAACUACAUUAGCAGGCCAAGUGCGUCGCUUCGACUCAGUGAGAAUUUAACAAAUAGGUUUGACUAGAUUCCCAUCUCAGGACAGGACCGGAGUAGCCAGGGAUCCUUUUAAUCUCCCCUCUCACCCAAACUCCUACCUUUGUUUCCUCACUCUCAAGUUAUACAGUACUAAUGCAGACUUUGAUUUCCUUUCCUGGAAGCCUUUAACUAAAUAAAGCAGGAAUGCCCCAGCCCUGCUCAGUUUUAACCUACCUGCAGCCGAGAUGGAUUUCAAUGCAUAUCUGCCAGUUCUUCAGCAUAUCCCCCUGCCUGGCAGCAUGGCACGGGGCUCUCCAUUCGCGCCAGGUUCUGAUCGCCAUCUGUGUCUGCUGGUAGCAGUGAGACUUGGCGACCUUCAGUGCUGCGCAGGAUCAAGACCAAAGGGUGUCUCUCUGCAGCUUCUUUGCUCCGCAGAGCUCAAGGGAAGACUCAUUUUGCUGGCGGGACAGCUUGCCGAUAACUCUGUGAUGUGAAGCAGGCAAACCUGCAAAGAUAAGAGACACCGGCGUCAGUUCUUGUACCUGGCAGCUCCCUGGUUCUGCGUUUCUUUUCAGGCGCCCCAAAAUGAGACCUGUUCAGUGAACAUUCAGUUGCAUUUGGCAGCUUGUUCAGCACAAUCUAAUGACCCCUUGAGUGGAAAGUGUCUAGGCAAGUGUAGACCGUACUGGACUUUGGUGACUCACCCAGGCUCCUCCAUUAUUUUUGCAUGCUACAUCCAGUCUGGUGUCUUUCGCACCUUAUGUCCUUUGUAACACAACUCGCUAAUUCUCUUCUGAUACUCAGGUAGCAAACAAUGCAAUAGGUAUGCAGAAUCUUUUUGAACUAAAGCUGGUUUUUACCUCCUGGAAUUCUUUGGCUAAAUCCUUGUUAUUUAUAUCCGUCACAUCGUAUUACACCCUAGUGUGGCACAGCCCAAGUGUAAAUGAAGUGUUCUUCACAAAACAAACCCCAAAAUAAAAGCAUUUG